CAUUCACUAUUAACACUACUCGAAAUGCCAAGUACCUAUUGUCUACGAAAUAUCCACGCUUCCAAGUAAGCAUCAUCAAUAACUUUGUCCGAUUACUGAAUGCCCUGAUGCGGGGGGUGGGUGAGUGAGAAGGAGCGCGUGAGAAGGAUUGAAUGAGAGAGACAAUGACGCAAUCGUUAACGUUGAAGGCUGCUUCCAGAUGCAAGUGAACAAGGAUCAAUUUACACAAACCCGUGCUCACAGAAACACCUGUACCUGUUCUGGUCUGACAAUUGAAUUCAACGCUCCAAACUACUGUACAUGAACCGAGUGGUCGAUAAUAGUCAUCAAUUUAUUGCGUUUUUUCAUUAACUUUACAUACAGGAUAUCAGUGAUACUUCUUGGCUGCAUUUCUUACCAGUGCCAUAAGUUGAUAGACGAUGGAGCUCAAGUUUGGAAUGUUGCUGUACUACUUGCUGGUGAUGAGUAAACUGGCACUGGGCAGCGUUGACUUGAAAACCACUCCGCAUGCUGACGAUCAGCAAUCAGCUGCUAUCAGGUCGCUAGAUCCCACACUGGAGCAACCAGCUGCUAUCAGCUCGCUAGAUCCCACACUGGAGCAAUCAGCUGCUAUCAGCUCAGUGUCCCGCCGACAGGCCCCCUGGUUCCUGCCACCACAGCCUUAUCUCACCAUACCGCUCUUCCACAACUUUCGUGGCGUCGCUUCAUGGGGACUCUGCACUUGCCCCAUCGGCCCCAGCCGCACCUACCUGCCCCCUGCACCCACCGCCGCCCCACUGCCGUCCGACUUUGACGAUCCUAACGAUGUGCUGGACCGCAUUGGUGGAGGGGGUGGAGGGAUUGACGACAGGGCCAAACCGUCUCCAUCCCCCCGCGAGCCCACCCGAUGCACUUGGGCUAUAGUUGCUUGCUGUUCGCCAGGAAGUCGAGAUAUUAGGUACUCUUGUUUCGAACUGUUGGGCUGUCCGGGCGCUUUCUGGGACGUGAACCCGUGUGACGAGAAAGUUGUAAUGGCGGCUGCUAACUCUGCGUUGAAUUUCUAUUCGGCCAAGACAAACGCUACUUCCAAUUCAAAUGAAUAAAGCACACUGGUUCUAUUUUUCAUA